AUGCCGCACGCACCAUCGCCCCCGACCGUCUAUUCUUUCCCCACUGCUGACGUGCUCUCUGAGGCACUUGCGAGCUUCAUCAUCAAAGCGCAGAAGGAGGCGGUCGAGAAGAAGGGAAGGUUCACUGUAGCAAUAUCGGGUGGAACCUUGCCUUCGAGGCUCACAGCGCUCGCGGGCAAGCCUGGUGUGAAGUGGGACAAAUGGCAAGUCUUCUAUGCCGACGAGCGCUGCGUCCCGCUCGACCAUGAGGACUCCAAUCACCGUCUUGCAACGGAAGAAUUCUUCCGCCACACCACAAUCCCAUCCGAAAACAUCCACACAAUCGACACCUCCCUCCUCAACGACCUCGAAGAGCUUUCCGACGCCUACGAAAAAGAGCUCAUCCGUGAAUUCGCACAAAAAGAUUCUGCUCGUUUCCCCAUAUUUGAUCUCAUCCUCCUGGGUGUCGGUCCAGACGGACACACGGCUUCAUUAUUCCCUGGGCAUGAGUUGUUGAGCGAGGAGGAUAGAUGGGUGGCUUGGAUCGAUGAUAGCCCGAAGCCACCGCCGAAGAGGAUCACAUUGACGUAUCCGGUCAUUAACCAUGCGGCGAGGGUCGCGUUCGUUAUGAUUGGGGACAGCAAGGCGCAUGUGUUGCAGAGUGUGUUGGAUAGGCCGGAGGAAGGGUUGCCGGCGGCCAGGGUGAGGCCUGUGAGUCCCGGGCACCUGUAUUGGUUCUUGGAUGAUGCGGCAUCGUCCAAGAUUGCUCAUGAGAAGGCGGAGUUCAAGUUGUGA